AUGACAGACCAGAACCCCUCCACAAACCCAGUCACCAUUGUGGUUGAGCAUUUGGACCCUGAGUUGGGGGCUUGGUCGGCCUUGGAAUAUGGCUGCAUCGCUCGCGAAUCGCAUGCGGCUGGCAGCCGAUUUCUCCUUAGUUCAGUGCCUACCUCCCUGCAGAUGCCAGAAGAUUUGGCCGCGACAGAAGGAUUAAAAGUCGAGCACCGCAGCAUUGAAGAAAUUUUUGCGGAUCGAACGUCUAAGAUUUGUCUGUUAGACCCCGCGGCUCAGGCUGAACUGAGCCCCGCCGAUGGAGAAAUUUUUGAAGUGUUCCUUUUCGGGGGCAUCCUUGAUCGCACGUCCGAAUUGAGAAAGAAGGGUUAUGCUGGAAGACGGCUCGGUCCCAAACAAAUGACCACUGAUACAGCCGUGCGCGUCACCCGCAUGGUUGUGCAUGAGAAAGGUUCAAUCACUGACUCAAGAUCCCGCCUACUCAUGACUAUUGGGAAAGCUAACGAUUCAGCAGUGCCCCUAGAGAAGAUCCAGUAUAUCGAUUACCCGGAGAUUCUAAUCAAUGAGCAUGAACGAACUGAGAUGCCCUUCCGCUACGUGAAAGGGGAUGAUGGACAACCUAUCAUGCCUCAGGGGAUGGUUGAUCUUAUCAAAAAGGAUGCCGACCAGGGCAUUGAUGAUCUUUUCUGA